AUGGAAAACCCUUUUUAUUCGUCAAGCUUAAAGGAGAACAAUUAUAUCACCUCCAAAGCCGAUUAUACAAAUGGAAAUUUCGAAAGGAGAACGCCUCCAAGCGUGGCUAAGCAUAACUCCACCCCCAACCCCACAUAAAUUCCAAACUACCUAGUCUUGAUAAUAGAAAAUAUAAGAGAUAUUGCAGUUUUUUCACUUCUACACUAUUAAACGCGAUUUAUAGCAUGCUUUCAAAUAUAUAUUUAACGCUUUAUUUCAUAUCUAUACUAUAAACAAAAUUUUUAUAUGGCUAGCAAAUUUAGCUUGUAUUAAAUUUAAAUGAGAUAUAUUAUAUUUAAUAUGUAAAAUUAGCUAUUUAAGCAUAUUUAAUUUGUUAAAACGCAUUAAUUUAGUAAAAUUAAAGCUACAUAUUGUAUGUGCCUAUGAUAUAUAAUUAUCUUGGAUUGAUUUCCAUUUUACAGCAGAAUUCAACUUGAUUUAUUCUUAAAAUGCAAUAGUUAAGUAAUAUUCAGCUUAUUUCUCUAUUUAAUCUUUUAUUUAUUAGUCUAAAAAUUUUACCAUUUAAAAAUUUUGUUUAUAGCAUAGAUAUGAAACAAAAUAUUAAAAUAUAUGUGUAAGCAUGCUACGAAUUGCGCUUUAAUUGUUUAAGAUGAAACUCUCUUAUUUUAAUAUUAUCAUGACUAGGUAGUUUGGUAUUGAUGUGGGGUGGGGGUGGGUCUAUACUUGACCACAAGCGAUGAUAAUGUUUCAAUUUCAAUUUUUAACCCUACAAUAAAAGAAGGGUUCAGAAAAUAUGUCAUUUAUACGAUAUCAGGGCUCGAUUUGCAAGGUACUUUUGAAGCGUAUCGAAGAUACAAAGAUUUUAUCCGGUUGAGGACUUUGCUUGUGCAGCAUUGGCCUGGGUGUUUCAUCCCACAUAUUCCUCCAAAGAAAAUGCUGGUAAAUAACACAUAGGGAAAUUUGCAAUCAAAUUUCAUAGAACAGAGGCGCAAACUUCUUGAACUUUUUUUAAACAAAAUCGUAUCGAUUUCUUAUCUUUACCAUUCCCAAGAAUUUCACAUGUUUAUAAGAGGCCCUAACGAAUAUCAUAAGACAACAUCAGAAUUCCGGAGAAUUUCACUGAUUCAGCUAUCACAAACCUAUUUGUCAGUCUUUGCAGACUCUCCUAGAGUAACGCCAGAGGAAAUUGCAACAAUUGAUGAAUCUUAUAAUUAUUUUAAAAAAGCUUUAUACGAGAUGGAAUUAGUUUUUGCAGCUUGUCUGAGGAGCUUAGAAACUUUUGCAGAGUAUGAAGAGCACUUAACACCACUUAUGAAUGGGUUAAAAGAUGUAAAUAGUUUAUAUGUGCUAUUAGGCUGCAAAGAGUUUAGAGUGCUAACUCGAGAAAUCUAUACGAACCCGUAUUUUAUGCUUCUAGAUUAUUUAAAAAGCGAAAUCAUGGACUUAAAAGCUAUUAUAGAAGCCAUACAUAAAAAAAAAGCGUAUGAUAGGAUAACAACGAAGGCUGAAGAAAGGCUAGAAAAUGAAAGGAAAAAACUACAGAAAAUCCAGCAGGGGAAUAAAUCUUUAGCAAUGAUAAUUACAAACAAGCCAAAAGAUGCUGUUGUUGAAAAGCUUUCAAGUGACAUAGCUGAACUUGAAAAUGAACUUCAAGCAAUUUAUAGCAUAACGAGAAUAAUAUCGUCUCAGUUGUUUAGCCAUGAAAUACCAAGGUUUAAAAAAGAAAAAAUAUAUCGAUUUGAAACAGUUAUGAGGACGUUUUUAAGUGCAAAUAUUCAAGAAUUGGAAAGUCUGAUUGCUCAGACUCAAAAAAUAGAUAAUGCCUUUAAUAGUUAA